AGGAGGUCUCAUGAGCUUUGCUGAGAACGAAAGCGACCGAGCUGUUAGCCCCGAGACGAAAGAUUCGAGGGAGUCAACGCAGUGCUUUUUCCCCAUAUUUUCAGUAUUUUUUAACAUUCCAAUUGGGAGCGACUCGACAGAACGAAGGUUGGGAACUUCGGUCGUAUUGUGGGUGAUCGUUCAGUGACUUCUUCGGUGUUUUCUGUUCUUAGUUCUUACGACAGAAAUAAUUGAAACUAAGUCGUACUCGUUAAUAUAGUUUUGAGCUUGAAUAAGCAAAAAAAGGAGAAGUGAGUGUUUCGUCUAUUCAACGAUAAAUCGUCGGAGACUGUCAACAUGUCUACCGCCGAUUUGCGCUCCGGAUUCAAAAAAAUGAUGUACGGCGAGGGUGCAAUGUGGGACACGUUUUUGAAGGGAGUUGCAGAGCUCGUGGGAACGUCGAUCCUCGUUUUUCUCGGGUGCAUGGGAUGCGUUGGCAGUCUCGGUGUGUCGCCUCCCCACGUUCAAAUAACGCUGACAUUUGGUCUGGCUGUAAUGAUAGUGAUACAGUGCAUCGGCCAUAUCAGUCACGCCCACGUGAAUCCUGCCAUCACCGUGGGUGCUGUGGUACUCGGAAAGAAAUCUGCAGCUGAGGGAACUAUUUACAUCGCGUCACAGCUGAUCGGCGGUGUUCUUGGUUACGGUCUCUUGAAGCUCGUAACGCCAACGGGUUUCCUGACCCAGUCAAGCCCUGAGGAUUCUCAAUUAUUUUGCAUAACGAAUAUACAUCCGAGCGUAAGUUGUAUUCAGGGUCUGAUAGUGGAGGCAAUGGCAACGGGAAUACUGAUGUUGAUAGCGUGUGCGUUAUGGGAUGAGCGUAAUGCAAGUAACACGGAUUCGACGGCCAUUAAAUUCGGGCUGGCUGUGACCGGUUUGGCAACGGUAGCGGGUCCUUACACCGGAUGCAGUAUGAAUCCGGCGAGAUCGUUCGCCCCUGCAAUUUGGAACAAUCAGUGGACGAAUCAUUGGAUUUAUUGGUUGGGUCCAGCGGGCGGCGCCUUUCUAGCGGCGCUGUCGUAUCGCAUGAUUUUUGGAUUGAAGGAGGAAGAGGACGAGGAAACGAUACCGGAGACGGUUGCGCUUAAUUGCGUCGAAGCGGAAAAACCUGAGCACAUUUGAUUAAUCUUGGGAUUGACUAAAAAAUGAGCGACGAGAGCAGAAAUGGAGGGUCCCUGGAUUAGAGGAUCGAGGCAGCGCACUGCACGAAGACGACACGAGUCAACGAACUGGAAACUCAACUCGAGAGCUAGUACCAACACAAAAGAUUGUGAUUGGCUCGCAUCACGGGGAGCAAACAGCCAACAAAUCUUUGGCUAAUUGGUAGAUUCCCUGGCUUGGAAUAUUAUUGGAUAAGGGAGUCGAGUUUCAACACGCGUCGAACGUCAACCAAGUGUCCUUAAAGUUCUCAUUUCACGAUUAUGAGAAUUACAAGAAAAUUUACAAGUUCAGUCAAAUCACACAGUCGACCUAUCAAAUCCUUCAAGGAGAUACAAUUUCAUAUUUUUUAUAUCACUUUUUAAUAACCGAUUUCUCGAAUAUUCAUACCAAAGUGUUCUGAAAUAACGCAAUAAUGAGAAUAUAUUUUUGCUAAAUAAUACUUUAUGUGCGUACGUAAGCAUGUGUGUGUGUGUGUGUGUUUAUAUGACAGCCAAAUUCAUUUAAUCCAGAGAGAAUCUGCUAAUCUGAGAAAUUUUUGAACAAACUAUUGCUAAAAUUUCAAACAAGUAGUAUUUGGAUCCAAUUCAAAUUGGUACCAUCCGUCACGAGGAUCAGUGAACAUUGUUUCAUUCAAUCAGAAUGUAAUUAAAUAUUCGCUUAAAAAUAGAUUGUGCAAUGUGGGAAUGCAUGUGCAGGGAAAAGCUUGUUGCGAUUAUCAUUAAUUUAUUUGGCAAGGGAUCGUCGCGAAAAACAAAUCGCCUUAAAAGACGAUGUUUCAACGCCAACUGUUACUAUAUAUAUAGAUAUAAAUAUUUAUAAGAGGAACUUUGAAGUUUGAAAUGAUCGUUGAAACUCUCUCGCAGCCUCAAUAAAUCAAUAGAUUUCAAUCAGUUUUAAUUAAAGUGUAAACAUCUCGUGCGGAUUAUCGAUUUUCAGUCAAUGCGCAUACAAAUCGACGUCUCACGAUUGGUAUAUUAAUUAAGCGUCGAUAGACGAAUAAAAUUACGAAAUGAAAUUCA